AAUCUCGCUGUCAACAUGUCUCGCAGUCUGAAUUGUUUGCGGCUAAGACCUUAUCGAACUAGUGAUGCUAGAGUAAGCAAAACAUUUUUUUUUGCCAUUCAUUUAAUGCCUUUAUGUAAUUAGUUUAAAACUUUUAUCAGAUACGUUCGUGUUCUUUCGCUUCAGUAUACCCGUCAUAUAAUACAUUUAAAAUAGCUAUCUAACUAGCUACUCUCAUUCCCCAAACGUAAUGACUUUGUUACAAGAUGUAUCCUCUUCCAUCACUGUAAUUUGUUGGUUUUAGGUGAUAGCUAAGAUGUGGUUAGAAAAGCUCCACAUAUAAUAAAAACCAGUGUAUCGGUCUAAAAUUAUUUAGCCAUUAGGUUUUCUCGAAGGAAAAAACAUGGAGCAUGCGUCGUCCUCGUGCGCUAUUUGUGUGUUUUGGCGCGCGGUGCGGCUCACACACACUUACUUGAGUCGCGUGAACCUGGAGGAAAUCCGCGAGAGAGCUUGUUGCCACAUACAAGCAAACGGCAAAGACCUCUGCGGGGGCAGUUUAUGCUGCGAGUUUAUACCUGCAGCUGAGCCUAAUCUGCGUGCCCUGAGAUAAGAUUACGGCAACUUUGACCAGUCUUUCUCAAUGACCUUUCUCUUCCGUUGAAGAGGGAGCCCCUCAUUUAUCCAGGGAGAGGUCCCCUGUGUUAGUUGUGUGUGGGAAGAAAAAGGUUUCAAACACAGUCAUGGGGAAAAAGAGCCAGAACCGUGAGGAUGAGACUGCGUCCACGGAUGAAGAGGAAUAUGUGGUGGAGAAAGUCUUGGACAGAAGGGUUGUAAAGGGCCGUGUGGAAUAUUUUCUCAAGUGGAAGGGUUUUUCAGACAAACACAACACUUGGGAACCAGAGAAGAACCUGGACUGUCCAGACCUUAUCGCCGAGUUCAUGAAGACCUACAAGAAAGGCAGCAGUGGUACAGGCACCCCCGGCAGCGCUACCAAAUCGUCCAGCUCGUCUGGGGCCCGUUCCAAGGACAGCAGUGGCAGCAAGAAGAGAAACUCGGAUGAGGAGGAGGAGGGCGGCAGCAAGCCAAAGCGGAAAAAAGAGGAUGAGAUCCUUGUCGCGAGGGGCUUUGAGAGGGGCCUGGAGCCGGAGAAGAUCAUUGGAGCAACAGACUCUUGUGGGGACCUCAUGUUCUUAAUGAAGUGGAAGGACUCGGAUGAGGCAGACCUUGUGCUUGCCAAAGAGGCCAAUCACAAGUGCCCACAGAUCGUCAUUGCUUUCUACGAGGAGCGCCUCACCUGGCACGAGGAUGGGGAGAAGAAGGAGAAGAGCGUUGCCGCAGUGUAGGAGGGCCGGCAGGGGCCGGCAGGGCGACCUGCCCCCUUUCCUAAAACCACCCCCCCUACCCAGCCCCCAGGAGACAGACACACGUGCACUCACAAUCCAUUCUUUGUUACGGACCAUUUAAAAAAACAAAAAAACAAAAACGCCACCGGCUUCCUGGCACUGGAGGCUGCUACACACUUUGUUACUCUCCUUUCAACACUGUCAAGUAUUGAGGGACUGGCAAGUAAUUGAGAGCUCAUACAAGAGCUUGGGGAUGGGAUGUGUUUUACUGUUAGAAUCAUGUGGUUAGUGUGUUUUUAUUUUAAUUUUAUAUUUUUAAUCUUCUUUUCAAAUUCUUCCUGACCUUCACCCCUCAAGUAUUCGUGCCCCCUUAUGGCCGUUUUUAUGAUGUGAACCAAUGUGAUAGUGUAGAUGUCGAAUACAGCACGUGGCGAAGUGUACUCAGACAGCUGCCAUUUUUUUUUCGGUCCACCUGGACACAGCACGCGUGUUUGCCGGUCAGGUUGCCACCGCAGUGCUGGACUAGUCAGAACAGGUUUAUUCUCACCGUUUUACUGAGCACGCCAAAUCACGGAUGCCCUUUCUGACGUGUUCCUCACGCAUGAUCCAGUAGAAAUGUGGUUUCCCCCUUUCUUCUAAGUGUAGGACCUCCUGUAACAGUUGACUUGUUGACCUUUUUAAAUUUGUAAUAUUCUCUUUAACCCUUAAAAUUGGCCCAUAUUGGUUGUUACAAAUUGGACAUUUUAGUCGCGUUUGCGUUUGGCUUUUAAUGUGUGAAUGUCAACUUAGUAUUUUUGAAAUCUAAACACGGUUUCCAAAAUCUGCUGAUAUGAACUUCUCGCAACUGGUUGUCUGUGUUCAUAGAUUAAAUGGCUCCCUUGUGCCUGGACCAACCUUUGGGGACAGACAGCUGUCAUUUAGAUUUUAUGCAGGGGUGUUCCUUUGGUCACUGUAAGGGCAAGCUUCUAUUCAGGCAUCCAGGCUGGUCAGACUCAAAUGCUCCACCUUGUGGCCAAGUAGCUGUAUAUGCGGAGCAUUGAAGUUUGUGAUGUAGACUGUGACCAUAUCACUGUUUGCCCUUUCUCUGUCCAUUUUUAAAAGGUUUGGUAUCGGGAUUCUCAUUUUAAUUAUUUUUCAAACCGGAAUUGAAUCAAAGAAGUCUUUAACGGGGUUAUAAACUCAGGUGUGUAAUUCUGUGUUUGUAGAGUCACUGGACAAAUGCUACCCAAUAAAAAUCCUGAUUUUCAUUGACCUGACAGCUGCUGAUUCUGUUUAACAAGUUUCAUUAACCACGUGUCGUGAAUGUAGUCAGAUGAAGACAUGACGUUUGUAUCAGAUGAAUUACAACAUGCCUUGUGUUUGCAUUCUCUCAAACAUUUUCCUAGCGCUUCGUACGUGUUUUAUAUUUCCAAAGUUGUGGUACACUUUAGAAGGUUAAUUCCUUUGAGCCUCAGACGUAGACAGUGGGGUGAAAUGGUCCAAGCAGGCCUCGGCCCCGUCAGAUUGAUGUAUGCUAUUGAGAUGAUCAGUUGCUGUAAUGACCAAGUCUCUGUAUGUGUAGUUUACAUCGGGAAUAGAGCUAUCUGUUUUCAAGUAUUCGUUUUCAAGGAAAUGCUAAGAUAUGACGGAGGGGAAGCGUUUUUCCUAUAUGUCUAAAUAAAGCUGUAGAGCUGUAACAGGGUUGUGCAUAUAUCUUUCACUUAUGACUGUAUAACUUUGUGUUUUGACAUUUCAUGUUUAUUCUGUUUUCUUGUUUUAUAUGUUAAUAACCCUCUUAGCUAUUAACAUUUUAUAAAAGAUGUCCAAGUGUUUUCAAAAUAUUCUUUUGAUGUCUCUUAGCUAUUUCUUUUUAAAUGUCAUAAUGUCAUGUAUUAGAUUGUAGUAAACCUAGUUUUCAACACAUUUGAUUGAUUUAAAAAAACAUUUUAUUCAACUGAUUAUGUUUUAUUUAAAACAUGCCUGUUUCCAUCCAACUAGGUGUGUUUUGGUUCAUGAUGUACCUUAGAUGUGCACAGGCAGUCAGUUAGUGCUUAAUUUUCCCCAGCAGGUGGUGCUAUUCUACUGUGCGCUAUUAUUUAUUUAUAAACGGCCGCCUUGAGGGUAGCUCACUAUACUGUAUUGAAGGGACAUAGUCCUGGAUGGUAUUUGUUUAAUUGAUACUGUACAUGUUGAUUCCAAAGCGAGGUCAGUGAGUGGCACAAAAUACCUUGGGAGUAUGUACGUACAUGGUGGUACCUGUUUCUCUUUUUUGUUGGCUUUCUGUGCAAGCUGCUAGCAUUGUUUCAAAUUCUGUUGCAGACAUGGAAAGUAGCUACACACUGCCUCCUAGUAGUAAAUCUUUUUGACCUCUUAA